UGCGUGUGGCUGGAGGUAAAAAGGCAAACCGCAAGAGUCAUCGAUUGUAGCGAAGUCCUUGUGGGUGAAAGCACGGGGGAUGUCUGUGAAUUAAAUGCUUAUCGUUUACGCGACAUCUUUCUCCAGAUUCCCACACUAACGCACUGUAAGGAGUUUCAGGGCAAGCAGCUGUUCACCAUGGCUUCUCGUGCUGGCCCAAGAGCUUCAGGGACAGAUGGAAGUGACUUCCAGCACCGAGAGAAAGUGGCCUCCCACUACCAGAUGAGCGUGGCCCUCAAGUCAGAGAUCCGCAAGCUGAACAUUGUCCACGUGCUGAUCUGGGUCCUGGUGGCGGCGCAGGUGACGGUCAGCCAGCUGAACCUGGUGUCCCAUGACGUGGUGGCCUCACCGUACCAGUGGGAGUACCCCUACCUGCUGAGCAUCCUCCCUUCCAUCUUCAGCUUCAUGGCGCUGCCGCGCAACAACAUCAGCUACCUGGUGAUCGCCAUGAUCAGCGCUGGGCUCUUCUGCAUCGCCCCGCUCAUCUACGGGGGCAUGGAGAUGUUCCCCGUGGCCCAGCAGCUCUACCGCUACGGCAAAGCUUACCGCUUCAUCUUCGGCUUCUCCGCCGUCUCUGUCAUGUACCUGGUGAUGGUCAUCGCCGUGCAGGUCCACGCGUGGCAGAUCUACUACAGCAAGAAGCUGCUGGACGCCUGGUUUACCUCCACGCAGGAGAAGAAGAAGAAAUGAGGAGGUGGACCUGAGGACUGAGAAAUUUCUCUCAUUCUCAUGCUCUGUCUUUUUCUCUGCCUCUCUCUCUUUUCUACACCCUCUCCCAGCUCCUCUUCUGUCACCUUCUCCCCUUUUCCUCUCCCCCCCGUGUCCUUUUGAGAAACGUCUUCACCCCCUUUUCACCAUCUUCAGCUCCUUCUUCCUCUCCAUACGUUUGUCUUAAAUUAAAUUAUUUUAUUGGCCUGACCUUAGUGCAGCAAAGUUACUCCCAAAGCAUUUCUAAACAAACAAAAUGAACACAGUAGUCAGGUCAGAUUUAACUGGCUGUCUCUCCUGUUUUAUGUAGCCCUCCCAAUUUUACUCCAUAAAGUAGACUCCCAACAACAAAACCUUCCUGUCUCACCAUCUCUCUCACUCUGUCUCUCUUUCUCUCUGUUAGGCUCACUGUUCCUCUCCUCCUCUCUUGUUCCCAUCUCUUUUUUUUUUUAAACUGAAUUAUUUAGAGGGACAGAGUGAUUUUCUCUUGCUGCAAGAACAUUUAUGCCCCCAUCAUCUCAUCUAUUGCAGUAAAUCCUGUAUUAAGACUUGAGUCCGAUCAAACUGAAGGAUGUCUAUCCAAUUUUUCACAUUGGAAUGACCCGCUGGGAUUCCAGCUCCGUCCCAUCUUUCUUCUAAAAGCCGAAGUAGAGAGCCAGUUUACCUGGUUGUUAAAGGACACACAUUGUCUUUUCUGUGCAAGGGACAAAGCAGGUUGCCUUAUGUGUGAGUUGACAGUAGCAAAGAGAAGGAACGGUUAUAAGUCUGAUAACAGUCCAGCUUCAUGGUGAAAAUAUGGUCCACACUGUAGUUUGUAGACAUCACUUGAUACACAGUUUUUGGUUGAGAUGCAUGUUGCUCACAGUCCCCCUUUAACACAACUCUCAUCUGGCUGUUGAAUGAUUACAUCAAAUAAAACAUCGGAGGACUGACUUUUUCUGGUUAUCUC